AUGAGAACCCCAACUAAAAAUAAAAAUAAGCUAUCGCCAUCCACAAGCGCGACGGAUAAAGAGACCGAGGCAGAGUUGCCCUCUGUACGAGAGCCUGCCCCGACUCCGGUUAACGAAGCGCAGAUAAGUAUGGGGGAGAAGGAAGCCACCAUGUCGCAAACAGAAGUGAAAAGGCUGUACGUGCUAGUAAGGGACGGAGAAAUCCAAACUAAAAGCAAGAGGGAGGAUCAGCCGACCAAAGACACGAACAAAGCGGAAGCCAAGGAAGGGGAAUUGGAAUUGGACAAAAGAAUAGAGAAACUGGAGACAAUUAGCAAAAGCUUUGAAAAAAUGGUUACAGAAAGUGAAGAGAGAGUUAUGGCAAAGUUGGGGGAAAUCAGAAGUUAUGCUGAAGUAGCAGCAGUAGCAAGGACUGAGCCUAGGAAUGACUGUGCCAGAACUGUAAGCAAUGACCGAAGGGAAACUGGACUGUAUUCCUUGUUGAGCCCGGGGAAGAAACCGAAGCUGCUGAGGAUACAGUCCAAAAAAUUAGAUGCUCUCUUAAUGCAAGAGACAAUGGAUUCAAAAUUGAAAAACUCCAAAAGAUAA